AUGAACUCUAUUUACUUUGUUCCUCCGGAAUCUGACUGGCCUUGCGGCCCUUCUGGCAAACAUUCCCGCUCGCCAUCGCUUCCCGCACCUCCUGCUGCCGACCAUCGCGAAGGCUCCGAGGACCUGAAGGUGCUCGAGCAGUUUCCAGUCGAGCGCGACGGAAAUAGAGGUCAGAAUCACGUGAUCCUGGACCGCGACGAGAGCGGCAUCCUCCCAGUCGGCAACACCAACAUUAAAAAGGACGCGGGGAAAGUUGGCGUCGAAGAGAAGGGGAAGCUCGGAAGAGACCGGGGCUCCGCGGGGAUCUUCACAAGUAUUAUGUCCAACAACAAAGGCCCCGUUGCUGUGCCCACUGCGUCCUUGCUACUGGCUUUGGCACUGCCCUGCCUCUACAAUCGGCUGGUUAGAUGAAGGAUGCUUCAGCACGGCCGGAGGAAGGAGCGCGGCUGCUAACUCUCUGGCUCUCCG